AUGAAAUCUCUUUCGCUUUUAAUUUUUGAAUAUUUGAAAAGCAAAUACUAAAAUGUGACCACCAAGCAGAUUAAGUACAAAUACCAUGUAAAUAAGAGUACAUAUCACAGUUAGAAAUGGAACAAGGAGAAUGCGUGAACAUGCUAAAUCAAAGUGACAACAAAGUUAAAAGUACCUUGAUCAAUUUUACAAUCAUGAGCUUAUUUCUCAAGUAAUUUGAGAGAAUUGGCGUUGUUAUUUAUUUCAUAGUCAUGAUACUUCAUUACGCAGUUUUUGGGGCAACCGAAGAAGAAGUUGUUGUUUAUGUGCUUCCUCUAACAAUGCAUUUUGUCCUAUAGAUAUCGAAAGCACUCUACUUUGACCAUAUAAAGAGAACACAAGAUGCUGUAGUUAAUAAUAGAAGAGUCACACGCUUUCGUAAACUUAGAAAAGAUAAACCAAAAUACCUAGUAACAUAAUAAUAACAGCAGUAAUCUUCAUAUAAAAAACCCAAAAUAUCAUUAUAUGAGAAUUGUUUUUGGGGAUGCGUCGAACAAGGUGACAUUAUAUAUCUAAAACGAAAUGAAGUGUGUCCAGCUGACAUGCUUUUGCUUGAUGUUUCAGACGAGAUUCUAUAAGUUCAAACCCAAAACUUCUAAGGAGUAACUCUAGAUUAAACCAGAUAACCAACGUAAUUAACUAUGUUAAAAAAUGGGAGAAACAGAAUUCAGGGCUUUGAUUAUAAGAAGUUGCUCACAGGAUCAAUUUAAUAUAAUAUUACUGAAUCAUAAAUAAAUGGAUUUAUUAAAUUAAAAAAGGAUCCAAAGGGAGAAUAUUUUGAUAACAAAAACAUUAUUUUCAGAGAAGAACAAAUCAGAACCUGCUAAUAUGUAAUUGGAAUAGUCUUGCAAACAGGGAAUAGCUGCUUUUGUUAUUUAAAUAUGAAGAAAUCUGAGAAGAAAUCGUUUUUUGUUUAAAAGUCGAGUAUGUUCUUUGCCCUGACUCUGGGGAUUUCAUUAAUAGUUUCUCUGAUCAGUUGGUUUUUGGCAUCAUUUGCUGCUUGUUUACCUUAUAAUUAAGCAGAUUUUAAUACUCCAACUCUAAUAUUUUAUCUAUUGCAGUAUUUAAAAACAACACCAAUCUAUUUCUAUAACUGUAUAGAUUUGAUUGAAGUUAUCAAUGCUCACAUAAAAUAUACAACAUAUACAGGGUACAAAAGUACUAAUAUAGACUAUUUAUAACUAAAUCCUGUGUCUGUGGGGGACAUGGUAAUGACUGAAUUUGUAUGUUUUGAUAAGACAGGCACAAUCACUAAUGGGGAGUAGAGGAUUCAUGCCAUAAUAGUUGAAGAUACGAUGUAUAAGUUUAAUCACAAUAACAUGAUUAAGAAUCAGUGGAAUACAUUUAAGGAUCAAUUGUAGAAUUAAAUAAAAAAUGAUCCGAACUUUUAGAUCGAGGAAAUAGAUGAAUCAGAUGCCGAUGUACAAUCGAAAAAGGUAAGACAUACGGGAAUAUUUAAAUUAACCUUGUAGCACUGGAAUUCUAAGAAGAUGUCCAGUUGUGAUUUUAAUAAAUCAGAACUAGCAUCAAGUAGGAGUAUAGCAAAUCCAUUAGAUGACAUGGAUGUAGAAAUCGAAAAUAUGAGAGUAGAAGAUUUUGAUGAUACUCAUUAUAAAGUUACGCCUGAAUUAUGCAAUGUAAAGCCAAGACCUUUUUUCAAUAAGAAGGCUAUCGUUACAGCACCUGUACAAAUGGUUGGAGCUAGUUAAGGAGGAUUAAGUCUGUCCUAAGAAGAAGAAUUGCUGAUUAAGUAGCAAUCAUAUAAGGAAGAGCAGAAAUCUUUUGAAAAUAGCAGAUCAAUAAGGAGUAAGAAAUUUUUAGAGCAUUCUUAAUCUGAUAUGAAAAGGCAAUAUAGUGCAAAAAAGUCAUUUUAAUUGGACAGAGCCAUUGAAGAGGAGGUAGAAAUAGUUUAUCAUGGAGAGAACGAUUUCUAUAAGUAUCUUAUUCACGGAUAGAAUAAGUUAAUGUAUUAAGAAUCUGUAUUGUCGCUUUUACUUUGUUAAGAAAUAGUAUCAAGAUAUUCUCCUAGUGAAGAUCAAUUUAUGCAUGAUUCAUCAUCAUACUCAUUUGAUUAGGAAGUGCUGAGAUUUGUAGGUCUGUUAGAUAUUAAAUUUUUAUGUUGUAAUGAAUACAAUGGGAAAGUUGUUUACAUCGUGGAUUUCUUUGGAGAAGUAUUGGAAUUUUAAGUUAUGGCUGUAUAUCACAAUGGAAGCAAUUAGUUGGGAAUACUGAUACUUUAUCCAGAUAAACUAUAAGAGAAGUUCAUGUUAAUAAAUGAGCAGGAUCCAAUGGAAAGUCUUUAAUAUAUAUUUAUUUUGAGAGAAGAAACAAACUAAUUACCUGUAAAUAUUGAUGUGGACAAAUCCAGCAGAGAAUACUGGGAUAAAGUAUUCCAAAAAUUGCAUAUGAGUGGAAUGAGAUCAGUCAUCUACUCAAAAGUGUAUCUGAAGGAGAAAGAUGCCAGCAUUUUUAUGUCUCGAUUCUAAGGUGAAGAAGGAAUGUCUGCAUUUCAAUAAAUCUCAAAAGAUAUGCAAAUUGUCCAAGUCAUUGGAGUCAAAGAAUUAAUUAGAAAAGACACUAAAAUGCUAAUAAAUCAAAUGAAAUCUGCCGAACUCAGUCUUUAUAUGCUGAGUGGAGAUGAUUUAACAAGAGUCUUACCAGUAGCAUUCAAAUCCAAAAUACUCAAUUAAAAUGAUAUUCUGUUAUACCUAGAUAAUGAUAAUGCUAGAGUGGUUAUCAAGAAUCAUUUGACCAUCCUUUCAUAGUCCUUAAAAUUAGAUGAAUCAUGGGGUUCAAAACCAAUGAGAAUGAGCACUCUUGACAGACAUCAUCGAACACUAACCUUGGAGGAAAAGUAAGCUGUCUAUCCUGAAGUCAAAUCAUAUAGUAUUGUCUUGAGUGGAGAAUAUUUCAACACUAUUUUGUAGGACAGUUGCUUAUUAAGUCAUUUCUAAUUUCUCCUUUACUUUAGCAACUCUUUAAUUGCUUACAAAAUGGAUUAAAAAUAAAAAGCUACUAUAAUUCAAAUCAUACAGACUCAAUUCAUUGGCAAUAAAAGAGUUCUGGCUGUUGGUGAUUCAUACAAUGAUAAUUAUAUGUUCUGUUAAUCAAAUAUAGGAGUUCAAUAUUGCCACUAUCCAAUUUAAAUCCAAUAAUAUCAAAGAGGAAGUACCAAGUUGAAACUCAACCGUAAGGUUACUUCAAACAAAUCUUUGGAUAAUCCUUUGAAUCGAAAAUUCCUAUAAAAUGAAAUGUGGGUUGUUCCUACAUCAGAUAUUUGUCUAAAAGAUUAUCUAGAUUUGAGUGGCUUGAUGUUCUUUGAAAGCAGAAUUUUUGCUGAAGUCUAUGAUGAUUUAUUGGUCUUUUCUUUCUAUAGAUCCUUGCUCAUAAUUUACAUUUUAUUUUUUCUUUAUGCAACUUAUUGUAGCUAGAAUCAAACUAUAUUUACAGGGGCUUGGUUGACUGUUUAUUAGAGUAUUUUACUGUUCAUUUAAUAAAUAGUGAGCCUGAAAUCAAAGUUAGAUCGAUAAUAUGACAAGGAUUCUAUCACUUAUAUUGAGCAAUUCAAACACAAUAUUAAGAUUUUCAAAAAGAAGAAAGUUUUGUCAUUCAUCUUGAAAAUUAAUGGAAAUGCCAUGUUGGAUGCUGCAUUAUUUUAUUAAUCAUUACAAAUAAUAGAUGAAAUCUAAUUUGACACCUUUAAAUAAAUGGUAUUAAUACUCUUGAUCUUAAGUGAUAUUGUAAAAUUAGUGGUAUCCACAGCUUACUCCAAAUAUACUUGGAUAACUUUUAUUGCUACUUAUUUAACAUGUUGGUUGAUGACUUCAAUCUUGUCUGCUUAUUUUCAAAAUAUGGAGAGCUUUUUAGAAUUGUUUACAGUGCCUUCAACGUGGUUGGCUUUCAUUUAUUAUGGUUUUACUUAAUUUUGUCUAAGCAAUGUAAUUGAAUAUAUUCAACCAUUAUUUUGUUCAUCUCUAAUCGAUAAGGCUUAAUUUUAAGAAGUAUAGGUCUAUCUGUAAAAAUCAUAGAAAAAUGGAGCAAAGAGAUAUCACAAUCUUAUAAAAAGAUUCGCUUAGUUGGCUGGGAAAGUAUUUAAGAAGAACAAAGAUGAAAUGGAUAUAUCUAUUUAAGACAUCAUUUGCGAAUUGAAAGUUAAUCAAGAUAGAAUAAAUAAAUUUACUUUGAGGUUCUUAAAUAAAGAUACUGAAAUGAAGUUUAAAAGGCUAUCAAAAUUAAUUUGGAUUCAAUUUGAAAGAAUCAAACUAGGGUUAUCUCUAAUAUUUUUGGAAGUUUUUGCUUUGAUGAUCUAUUCCCUCACCUAUAGAUAUGAAAUUCAAUCUUAAACCUAUUUUAUAAUCUACAUCUUGAGUAUAAGCAGCUAAGUAAUAAUACAAAUAAUAAUCUGUUCAGGAAUUUAUUUGAAACAUUUUUUUUAAAUAAAUCUAAUCAUUGCUUGCAUUAGAUUGCUUACAAAAAUGAUUUCAGACUUUUAAUAAGAAGGAACCUAUGAUAUCCUAUUAAGUUAGUGUUAUAUCUUAAUCAUUACGUUCUCAAGGUUGCACAUCCCUCUAUUAAAUUUUAUCAUAGCUACACUGUCUGUUGUCGGAUUUCUAAGAAAGUUUAGUUUGGGAACUGAUUACUACAAAAUAAUAAACGGAGAUUUAAUAGUUUUAGUCACUUUGAUCUUAUUUAUAUCACUUUAGUACAAAUUACAUAUGAUGGAAAAGUAAGAUUUUAUGUUGGCUGCAACUCUUAAUCAAGAAACAACUUCUAUGACUAAUGUGUUAUCAAUUUUAUUACCAAAAUUUAUUAGAGAUAGAAUUAAUGCAAGUAUAUUUAUAGUUCUAAUUAAUUUUAGAGGGAGUAUUUGAGAUUUAAGAAAAUUAGGGGGAAGUUUCAAUUUUAUUUUGUGACAUUUGUGGAUUUGAUGAUCUCAUAGCUGUAGAAAAAGAAAAUAUUGUUAAUUUAUUAGAUAGUUUAUUUAGAGGAUUUGAUGGCUUGUGUGUCUCAAAUGGAAUGCAAAAGAUAGAAACUGUUGGUAAGACAUUUAUGGCAGCUGGAGGUUUAAAGGCUGUCGAUUAGGGAACCAAAUUCAUCAAUCAAAGUGCAGUAAAAAGAGUAUUAAUAUAUAAUAUCUAAAGGCUGUUUAAUUAUCUUUAGAAAUGAUGGAAUACGCUAAAAAAUUCAAGUUUGGAUAAUCUGGCAGCGUUAAAAUCAAAAUUGGAGUUCAUUAUGGCCGUGUCAUUGCUGGUGUGAUUGGUCAUCAUAAACCACAAUUUUCAUUAAUAGGUGACACUGUUAAUACAACAAGUAGAGUGUGUUCAACUGGUUAAGAUGGAGAAAUCACCCUCUCCAACGAAGCUUACAUGGAACUAAACAUGCCAGAUUUGUAAUUCAACUAGCUUAAAGUAAAUGCUAAGGGAAAAGGAGAAUUGACUACUUGGCAAAUUGUAACCUCCAUAAAAAGAAACACUGAUAAAAAAGUAAGAAAAAAGAAGGGACUAGUUCCAAAAAUUGAUGCUUCAUAAUAAGAUAUGCCCACACUAACCAAAUUGGAUCCUGUCACUCCUAAAACUGAUUUCAGAUAAUUGAAAGUCCCUUAAUAGAUAAAACAAUUGGAUGUAUAUCCGAAAGAGAAUAAUGUAAGAAUGGAGAGGGAAUAGAAUGUUGAGAAUAAUGGGACUAGUUUCAGUUUAGUGAAAGAUUCUAUAUAAUCUAAGGAUAUUCAAGUUUUGAGAAAAAGGGGUCAAAGAGGACCUACGUUGAUAAUGAAAGCAUAAGAUGGUUAAAAGAUGGGAGGCGGGAUACAAUUAUAACAUUCUGGUAGUCAAAACAAUAUUCAAAAUUAGAGUAACAGAAAUUUACCACCUAUUGUUGUUUAUUAGGCAGAAGAGAGUGUUCAUUCUAAUAAUUUAAAGGAUGACUCAUUUUUUGAUAAAAAUUAAACGAAUCUUCUUCAUGAUCUAUCAUAAAAAUUAAGAAGAGAUCUCUAUAUUGAAAUAUUAGAUGAAGCACCAGAUUAUGAAAUUGAAAUUGAAAAAAUAUAAUUUGAUGAAGAUGAACAAUUUCAAAGUGAAGAUUUAUAGUUAGAAAAAACUAAAUUCUAUUUAGAUUUCAAACAUAAUUAAAAAGAACUCGCAUAAGAAUUCAUGGAUUAGAAAGAGGGUAUAAAUAUAGUAUUUAUGCUUUCUCUACAUUUCAUUUAGUUCAUAUCGAAGACUGUUACACUAUUGUAUUUGUAAGAUUAAUAGAAUUGGGUUCUAGUAUUUGUAAUUCGAUUUAUAGUUUCCAUCUUGUUAUUGACUUUGGCUAUUUUACAACACAAAAAGUUAAAGCAUAGAUUUUAUAAAUAUUAAUACUUUUUAAUAACUUACUUUGGCAUAUUAAUUAGUAUUCUUGUAGAAUUCCUUUUGAUGCCUGAGAAGUCAGUGGAGUUAUAAGCAGCAGAAGGAAUUCUAUUAAUUUGUUUCUUCUGCUCACUUUCAAUUAUCAAGAUUAAAUACAAGGUUUAUUUUAAUCUUUGUCUUUUUAUCGCAUAAUUAUUAAUAGUAUUGAUUCAUUAUAAGGAUGGUGCCAUUGCAUAUUACACUAUUUUUUAAAGUUGCAUGAUGUUUAUAGUUCAAUAUCAUUUAUUUUUCUAGGAUUUAGGUACUUUCAAUAAUAAAAGAUCUUUAGAACUAAAAAAAUUAUAAACUUAAAAUCUAGUGAAGUAUCUAUUACCUACUCAUAUAUUAAAACAAUUCUUAUCUAAUAGUAAUUAAAGAAUGGUCUUAGUAGAUCAAUUUGAAGAAGCUACUCUAUUAUUUGCAGAUAUAGCUGGUUUCACUGAAUACUCAAGUAGAGUAGAACCUGAAUAAGUUGUGAAUAUGUUGAGGAAUUUAUUUACUGAAUUCGACAAAAUAUGUUUAACACAAAAUGCUUAUAAACUAUAUACAAUUGGAGAUUGUUAUGUUGCAUUCGGCAUUGUGGAUGUUACAUAAAGAAAUCCAGCUCAAGAAGCCAAAAAUGUUGUUGAAUUAGGAUUUAAAAUGAUAGAAAUUAUUAGAUAAGUGAGAUCAAUUAUCUAAUUUGAUGGAUUAGACAUGAGGAUUGGAAUACAUACAGUAUUUAUCAUAUUCAAUAUUAGGGUAAAGUGAUUGGAGGAAUCUUGGGAACUGAAAUUGUAAGAUAUGAUGUUUAUGGGGCUGAUGUUAUGAUUUCUAAUAAAAUGGAGUCUAAUGGAGAAAGAGGAAAAGUCUAAGUCUCUGAAGAAACUAAGUAAUUACUAGAACAAUCAUAUCCAGAUCAGUUUUUAUUUACAUUCAAUAAAGAAGUAGAAUUUAAAUCCAUCAGUCGAAAAACUUAAGGAUACUUUAUUGAUCCAAUAAAAAAUGAUAGCAAUCAAGAUUUUCAUGAUAUGAAUCACUUCUAAUUUGUAAACGAUCUAGAACAAUAUCAAAAUACUCCAUAAAAAUGA